GAUAAAAAAUAUCCAAGGAAUAUGUCAAGAAAAUGAGGUUGUCACCUAUUUCAAACCAGCUUGUGUCUUGUAAGAUUUCUCAAAAUUCACAUGAAAAAACUCUGAUAAAUUCCCAUAAGAGCUCCACAAAAAAUAUUUCAUAUUCACUCAAUGGGAAUCUCCUAAAAUCCAGGUUUCUCUAUCCCCCCCCCCCCCUUUUUCUUUCAUUUAAGCUCAAGGAUUUGUGUUCUUUAGUUUACUAGUAACCUGUUACUGUUUCAGUUAGAACCCUGGAUUUCAGCUCUUUACGUUCUAUUGUUUAUUUCUAGGAUUUUGCAAAAAAAAAAAAAAAUGGGUUGUAGAGUAUUUGAAUUGCUGUUCUGGGUUUCUUUAAUUUUGUGUUUAGCAUGUUUGGUUAGAGGAUUUACACCUGCAGAUAAUUACCUUAUUGAUUGUGGAUCAUUUACUAAUACUACUGUGGGUCAUCGAGUUUUCAUGGCUGAUAAUUUAGCCUCAAAACUCCUUUCAACACCACAAAGUGUUAUUGGGAACAUUUCAAAAGCUUCAAUUACUUCCUCUGAUGAUUCCCCACUUUAUCAAACUGCAAGGGUCUUUACCGAUGUCUCGAAGUACACGUUUUCGAUUAGCCGACAAGGAAGGCAUUGGAUUCGGCUUUAUUUCUAUCCGUUUGCUUUCGGUAAUUAUAAUUUGAGCUUGGCUAAGUUCGAUGUUUCCACCGAAAACCAUGUUCUUCUCACCAGUUUCAGUGUUCAAGCUCCUCUUGUGAAAGAAUUUUCAGUUAAUGUAACAUCGAAUAGCCUUGCUGUUACGUUUAGUCCUUUAAAGGGUUCGUUUGCGUUUAUAAAUGCUAUAGAAGUUGUUUCGGUUCCUGAUGAACUCAUUCAGGAUGGUGCUCAUUUGGUUAAAUCAUCGAUGGCAUUCCAAGGGCUAACGUUGCAGGCGUUAGAGACAGUUUUUAGAGUGAAUAUGGGAGGACCUACGGUCUCAUUCGAGAAUGAUACCCUUUGGCGAACAUGGGUGCCUGACCAACCUUUUCUGGUAGAAAAAAACCUUGCUGUGAGUGUAUCGAAUAUUAGAGCUGUCAAGUUUGUCGAGGGUGGGGCAACUCCGGAUAUUGCUCCGAGUACUGUCUACGGUUCCUGUACUGAGAUGAAUUCUGCAAAUGUAACCGGAGGUAACUUCAAUGUGACUUGGGAAUUCGAUGUGGAUCCGGGAUUUCAGUACCUUGUUAGGUUUCACUUCUGCGAUAUUGUUAGCGAUGCUCUUAACGAGUUGUACUUUAAUGUUUUUAUUGAUUCCUUGAUGGUUGUUCGGGACCUUGACUUGAGUACUUAUUUGGUCAAUGUUUUGGCUGCUGCAUAUUAUAUGGAUUAUGUUACAGAUUUGGUUACUAGUAAUAAGCUUCAUGUAAGUAUCGGCCCUUCUACUUUACCUGGCGCUGAGCCGAAUGCCAUAAUGAAUGGGCUGGAAAUUAUGAAAAUGAACAAUUCUGAUGGCAGCCUUACUGGCUCGGCAACUAUUAAUGCUUCCGGUUCAAGUUCAAAGACGAACAUCGGUUCCAUAGUAGGUGCAAGCGCUGGGGUGGCUUCCGUGUUGCUGUUGGCUGGAGUUAUCUUCAUGGUUUGUAGAAAAAGAAGACGACAGGCACUUCACGGGCAAUCAAAGACAUGGAUUCCGUUUUCGAUUAAUGGAGGGACUUCUCAAACUAUGGGGAGCAAAUACUCGAAAGGAACAACUGCCAGUCUCAAUUCCAAUGCUAGCUAUCACAUUCCUUUUCUUGCUGUUCAAGAAGCCACAAACAACUUCGAUGAAAGUUGGGUUAUUGGAAUAGGAGGCUUCGGGAAGGUGUACAAGGGAGAACUGAAUGAUGGUACGAAAGUUGCCGUUAAAAGGGGAAACCCGAGGUCCCAACAAGGACUUGCUGAGUUCCAGACUGAAAUCAAUAUGCUGUCCCAGUUCCGACACCGCCAUUUGGUUUCCUUGAUUGGUUAUUGCGAUGAAAAGAAUGAGAUGAUACUGAUUUAUGAAUAUAUGGAGAAUGGAACACUCAAGAGUCAUCUCUAUGGCUCAGGUUAUCCGAGUUUAAGCUGGAAACAAAGGCUCGAAAUAUGCAUCGGGGCAGCUCGAGGACUCCACUACCUCCAUACAGGCUAUGCAAAAGCUGUUAUUCAUCGUGAUGUGAAGUCCGCGAAUAUCUUACUAGAUGAGAACUUCAUGGCCAAAGUUGCUGAUUUCGGGCUGUCAAAAACAGGUCCUGAAAUCGAUCAAACCCAUGUUAGUACGGCAGUGAAAGGAAGUUUCGGGUACUUGGAUCCGGAAUAUUUCAGAAGGCAACAACUGACGGAGAAAUCGGAUGUAUAUUCAUUCGGAGUGGUUUUGUUUGAAGUUCUUUGUGCAAGACCAGUAAUAGACCCGACGCUCCCGAGGGAAAUGGUAAAUCUAGCUGAAUGGGCGAUGAAAUGGCAGAAGAAAGGACAGCUGGAGCAAAUAAUCGAUCCUAACCUCAAAGGAAGCAUCAGGCCUGAUUCUCUUCGUAAGUUUGGCGAAACUGCUGAAAAGUGCUUAGCUGAUUUUGGUGUGGACCGGCCCUCCAUGGGAGAUGUCUUGUGGAAUCUGGAGUAUGCUCUUCAACUUCAGGAAGCAGUCGUUGGACGCGACCCUGAAGAAAACAGUACAAACAUGAUCGGUGAGCUUUCUUCACAAAUCAACAAUGUCGGUCCAUUCGAUCCCACCGUUUCUUCCGUGCAGCUCGAGGCAUCAAGUGUGAAUGACCUCUCAGGUGUUUCAAUGAGUAAAGUGUUUUCACAGCUGUUGAAAUCUGAAGGCAGGUGACUUAUAUGAGAUGGGAAAAUCCUAUUAAGCUUCUCUUUGACUCGGUUUUCUCUGUUCCACCACGGCUUGUCAAAUUCGAGUAGUUUCUUUAAUAACAAGGUGGAAUGGUCUGAAUUCCUUCAUUUUUUCGUUGUUAAUAGCUCUUCCAUGGGAGUUUCAAGUAAGCUUUAGGCAAUUGACCAAUAUGUUUCAAUUUAAAUUUCUUUCUUUCAUGUAGCUUUUGUUUCUGAUUUGCCAUGUCCAUGAACUGAUAUGCUAUAAUGUAAAUUUCGACUUUUUUCGAGUACUAGGUGUAUGAUUACUUCGA